AGAGGCAAACUCCCAAACAAAGAGCCGGCAGCUAGCGUGCGGGGCUCCUGGGCGCGUCCUGCCGGCUGGGCUGGGAGAGCCGGCGCCGGGGCGUCGCGGCGGAGCGCAGGGCGGGGCGGUGAGGGGGAGACGCUAGGGCCGGCAGGAAGCCUCUGUGGGCGCGGGGGCGCGGGCAGUGCUGCCCGCAAGCUGACCUUCCCGGGCUGGGAGGGAAGAGCGUUGGCUGCGGGCGGUGGGCGGCUGGGCGGCCUCGGGAGCCGCCGCUCUCCGCCUCUCUAGGCGCAGCUCCCGUCGCCGCGUCCGGAGCCCCUGACCGGGCCCAGCAGCCAUGGCCCACUAUAAGACUGAGCAGGACGACUGGCUGAUCGUCUACUUGAAGUACUUACUCUUUGUCUUCAACUUCUUCUUCUGGGUCGGGGGAGCAGCCGUCCUGGCUGUGGGCAUCUGGACCCUGGUGGAGAAGAGUGGCUACCUCAGCGUCCUGGCCUCCAGCACCUUUGCCGCCUCCGCCUACAUCCUCAUCUUUGCGGGCGCACUUGUCAUGGUGACCGGCUUCCUGGGCUUCGGUGCCAUCCUCCGGGAGCAGAAGGGCUGCCUCUCCACGUAUUUCUGCCUGUUGCUCGUCAUCUUCCUGGUUGAGCUGGUGGCGGGAGUCCUGGCCCAUGUGUAUUACCAGAGGCUGAGUGAUGAACUGAAGCAGCACUUGAACAAGACUCUGGCUGAGAACUACGGGCAGCCUGGAGCCACGCAGAUCACCGCCUCAGUAGACCGGCUCCAGCAGGAUCCUGGAACCCUACGCAAGCCUCUCACCUCCAGCCUCUGCCUCUGCCUCCAGUUCAAGUGCUGUGGAAGCAACAGCUCAGCCGACUGGCAGCACAGCACGUACAUCCUGUCGCGGGAGGCCGAGGGCCGCCGGGUGCCCGACAGCUGCUGCAAGACAGCGGUGACGCGCUGCGGCCAGCGGGUCCACCCCUCCAACAUCUAUAAGGUGGAGGGAGGCUGCCUCACCAAGCUGGAGCAGUUCCUGGCCGACCACCUGCUGCUCAUGGGGGCUGUGGGCAUCGGGGUGGCCUGCCUGCAGAUCUGCGGGAUGGUUCUCACCUGCUGCUUGCACCGGAGGCUCCAGCGGCAUUUUUACUAACGGCCAACCACCUCCUCUUCCAACUGCCCCUCAGGACGACAGGUGGCCACAUGCCGUCUGCAAGGCCUGCAGAGUUAGCACCAGCUCCACUAGGACCAUAGAUGCCCCCUCUUUUGUGCCCAGCUCCUGCAAAUCCACCAAGUGCCUGAGACCAUAGCUUCUACUGUGCCCACCCAGGCAGGGACCCUCGGCCCCCUCUCCUCCGUUUUCAGCCCCCAUGGCCAGAUCCUGGGCAGGGAAAUGAUCCUUUCAGGAGACAACCAGAGCCCCUCACCAGGCACAGGGGCACCCGUGGACUACGGGAUGGUGGCAGUUGGGUUCUCUGCUCCCUCCCAACCCCUGAACCUGGAACAAUGGGCAGAAAACCCAGGAACCCUGGCACUCCUGCAUUCAGCAGGGGCUUCCCCCACCCAUGCUCAGAAGCCCUGACCUUGUUGUUUCUGAAAAAUGCAUGGGUGGGGCAGGGAGGGCUGACUCCCCCCCACACCCCCCUCCGGAAGACCUUGCCCUUUGACCUGCCCGCUCUCCACACUGCCUCACCUGGAAAGCCAUGUCCUGCUGGCCUCACUCCUUCCUGCAGGGCCUGGGAGUGGGGAGGCCUGGGUAGGGCAGCCACAGGCUGGGUAGAGCCGCCCUGGCAGGAAGCAGGGGGUAAGGUGGCCACACCAGCACAUGCUGCACUAGGAGCAGAGCCCUGCACCUGCCUAGCAGCCUUCCCGGGAGAAACCCCCUGGGAGACCAUGGCCCCAAGCUCUGGCCUCUAGUGAUAUGCCCCCCAGGGAUCUCCUGUUCCGAGGCCUGAUUCUCAGGAACACCAGGUUUGCAGACCAUCUUCAGUUCCUAAUGUUGGUGGGUGGCAAACAUCUGGAGUGGACCAACUCGCAACCCUGCAAAGUCGGAGCCGCUGAGAAGCAGCAGCUCUGAAUAGAGGGGCAUCUGCCUGAACCUCACUUUUCCUGGGGCCCUCUCCUUGACCCCGUGGCCACCGCACUGCCUCCAGGGGGUCCCGCUCUGCUUCCCUUCCCACCCAUCCUAGAGUGGACAGAGUUUUUUCCCCAGGUUCUCUCUCGCAUCACUAAAUUCAGCAGGGAAUUUUCAGGAAGAACUUUCCCCAGUAAUAAGGGAGAACAGAAAGAAAAUCCUAGAAAAUACAGAGUUUCCAUGCUGGCAGCUUUUUGUACAACACCCAUAGGGAACCCCAAAUGGCUAUUACAAGGGGGCAGCCCAUUCACUACACAAGAACACCAUACCUGGCUUCCACCCUCCCCAGGUCCUACACUUCUCCCCAGAGCGGGACCCUCUUCCCCUCUACGAAGGGGGGCACCUUGUGCUAAGGCCAAGACAGAGAGAGGUCCCAGCUCGCCUCCCUGCUUGAUCCAGAUUGCACUGUGGUGAGCGCAUUGCUGACCUAGGCCAGUCCUGGGGCAGGGGUGCUCUCUCUCCCAUACAUAGGAGUGGCCUCAAGGCCACGCAGUGCUGACCCCAACAGAGCCCUGAACUGUCCAGAAGCUGCAUCCUCAGCACAGGAAGUACCCGCAUGGACAGAGGGAAACCCAGCCUCGGGGCCGGUUGCCUCUUCUCUGGGUGUUCUCCAGUGGCUUCUUGGAGCCUAGGCUGGUUUAUCUCCCCUGCCCAAAAGGCCCUGGAGUUGCCAAUGCAAAUUCAUUAAAAGGAAGACCAGAUAUCCCAGACUGCACAGAGGCAGAGAGAAAUGGUGUAGUGCAUGAUUCGCGCUGCUUUCCAACCUCCUGGAAUUCGUGCAGAUAAUCGAAAACUGGCUGUGACUCCCAGGCUCCCUGAAGGAUGAGCUCACAACUGACAAAUCUUACUACAGAGGGAGAGUGGAAAGAGAGAGGGGGUACUGGGCUAGAGCCAUGUUCUUCCUGCCGGGGUGCCAAGGGGAGGCGGCAGUGGGCAUGGGUGCUGGGGCCUUACCUGUCUGCCCUAGUGGAGAUGAAAGACAGGUGGCAGGCAGGUGCCCUGUGCGCAGCCUUGUCACUGAAGGCAGGCCCAGGAGAGCCUGCCCCAUCUGCCCCAGCCCCAUGGGAUAGUUGGUCCAGCCUUACUGGGGCAGGAUUAGCUGUGAUUCCUGCCCUGUGUGUCGUCCAGCCAGACUGCCUCUUAGAGAAUGGCUUGUCCAAGCUGCAGACAGUGGUAGAACAACCCAGGGCCUGGAAAUCUGACCUCCUGGGCCAUGCCAACAGCCUGGGAGAUCAGACAGGGUUAGAGGAAACGGAGGCCCAUGAUAGGGCAGGUUCUGCCUGGGAGUGUACAGCGGCUGGAGUCCAGAGCCAACCAUGUGGUCCCCAGUGGGGUGUGCCCUUCCUGCUGACCAGGGUACAGCUUCAUGUCCAGUUCAGUUCCUCCCGGGCCCCUGUUUGGAGGCUGGUACAGCCUUGAGUUCCUUGGAGAGAGAGGACAUGCCUGUGGAAUGUCACCAUCAGUCCUGUGUGGGCAAAAGGCCCCUGCACGCCAGGGCCCCAGGAAAGCAGCAUCAGGAGCUGGGAUCCCACCCAGCUGGCCCGGGCACAUCCUUGCCCUGCACACACCAUGCUGCCCUUCCCUAAGCUUGCAGGGGCAGACACUAAGGGAGAAGGGCGCGUCCCCGAGUCCCCCGGGUGACCUGUGUCAGGACAGCCGGCGAGAAUGAAACGUGGCCGUGGCUGAGGGGGUGGAAUGUUUGUGUCCAUUCUUCUCUUUCUCCCUCCUGCUUCCCUAACCCUAGCCCCAUGUCCAGGGCCCCUCAGGCACAGUAAGUGAGGAGUGUGUCCAGGCAUGUUUUUGUGUUUACCAAGGUCCUGCCGUGCACUAAGAAUCUGUCACCAUAAAUACUUAUCUUGCAGUUACCCCAGUAAGAGGGCGUUACUUCCCCCAUUUUAUAAAUGAGGAAAUUAAGGCUGGGCAAAGUUAA